AUGCAAGCUCAAGCAGCUGCUCUAGAUCUCGUAGCUAAGUUUGGCGCAAAGGCUAACUUGAAUACAGAUUUGAGUAAGGCUCCUAUUAAGCUUCAACUUGAGGGCAAUGUAAAAGCACCAGCUGAUCCUAAAGCUUUCAAGGUGCCUAAAUGGGUUAGCUUCCUUCAUAUUGAAAACUUCAAAUUGUUCGGUGGAGGAGCUUUCGAUGGACAAGGAACCACUUCUUAUAAGAGAGAAGGUUGCGAAAAACACGACUUCUGUAGUAACCUCCCCAUCAAUGUAAGGUUAGAUUUUUUGACCAAUGCAAUGGUACAAGGUAUAACUCUCAGAGAUAGCAAACAGUUCCACGCUAAUGUUUUGGGAUGCAAAAACAUUACUUUCGAACAUGUCACUGUAUCCGCACCUAAAGAUAGCCCAAACACAGAUGGGAUUCACAUCGGGAGAUCAGAUGGGGUUAAAAUUAUAGACACGGAUAUCAAAACUGGUGAUGAUUGUAUUUCAAUUGGGGAUGGUGCCAAAAAUCUAGACAUCACGGGAGUAACUUGUGGACCUGGACAUGGCAUCAGUAUCGGUAGUCUUGGAAAGUUUGCAAACGAAGAACCUGUUGAAGGAAUUAAAGUGUCGAAGUGUACCUUGACUGAUAAUUCGAAUGGUGUUAGAAUCAAGGCUUGGGCAGGUGAAUUUCCUAGCACAGCAUCAUAUAUGCAUUUUGAGGAUAUCACCGUGAAGAAUGUUAGUUGUCCCGUCCUGAUUGACCAGAAAUACUGCCCAUGGAAUAAAUGA